CGAUGACUCCUUGCAUGAGACUUUAUGCUUUUCUCGGUAAUAAGUUCCAGGAGCUUCUAGAUUCCGAUGAAAGUACUCACCCAUAUAAGAAGUGGAUUGACAACUAUGCUUCUGAUGGUUUCCAGGCUUCUGCUCUGCAAACUGAAGAUUUGCUUGACAAACUAAGUGUCUCUUUGACUGGAGAAGAACUUGAUGUAAUUGAAAAGCUUUAUUACCAAGCAAUGAAGCUUGAAAUUGACUUCUUCUCUGCUCAGCCACUUUUUCAGCCAACUAUAUUGCCCUUGACUAAAGGACAUAACCCUACCAAAGAUCAUCUUGUGAUUUUUAGCGAUUUUGAUUUGACAUGCACUGUUGUUGAUUCAUCUGCCAUCUUGGCAGAAAUUGCAAUAGUGACAGCACCAAAAUCUGAUCAGAAUCAGACUGAAGAUCAAAUGGUUCGGUUGUCAUCUUCUGAUCUCAGGAAUACAUGGGGUUUUCUAUCCAAACAAUAUACAGAGGAGUAUGAGCAAUGUAUAGAGCUCAUUAUGCCUGCAAAUAAAUUGGAUAAUUUUGACUAUAAAGAACUGUCUACAGCACUUGAGCAACUUUCAAAAUUUGAGAACACAGCAAAUAAUAGGGUGAUCGAGUCAGGGGUACUCAAAGGCAUAAAUCUAGAAGACAUAAAGCGUGCUGGAGAGCGUCUGAUCCUUCAAGAUGGAUGCUCUAACUUUUUUCAGAGAAUUGUUAAGAAUGAAAAUUUGAAUGCCAAGGUGCAUGUUCUCUCCUACUGCUGGUGUGGAGACCUCAUUAGAUCUGCUUUCUCCUCAGCUGAUUUAAAGGAGUUGGAUAUCCAUGCAAAUGAAUUCACUUAUGAGGGAUCUGUUUCCUCGGGUGAAAUUCUUAAGAAGGUGGAGUCUCCCAUUGACAAAGUCCAAGCUUUUCGCAAUAUAUUGAAGAAUUCCAAUGAUGACAAAAAGAAAUUAACUGUUUAUAUUGGAGACUCAGUGGGUGAUUUACUUUGUCUACUUGAAGCAGAUAUAGGAAUCGUUAUUGGUUCAAGUUCAAGCCUUAGGAGCGUAGGGGCACAAUUCGGUGUUACAUUUGUCCCAUUGUUUUCUGGGUUGGUUAAGAAACAGAAAGAAUACAAUGAAGAAAGCUGUUCUAAUUGGAAGGGUUUAUCUGGCAUUCUUUAUACAGUUUCUAGUUGGGCUGAAGUGCAUGCUUUUAUUUUGGGUUGUUAGUAUUGUGUCUUGCACACCUAAAUUCAUGCUAAACUAAAAAGAAAGGAACAUAUAUAAAUAUAUAGUGCAAUACAGAAUACACAAGCAGGUGGCUAAUUUUAUAAGGGGCCACAGAUUUUCUGCUGUCUCUCUUGCUUCUCUUAAAGGCCGUGGCAAUUCAGAGAUAUGGUAUCAGUCUGAUUAAAUGUUCUAUGGAUGUGCUGUAACCAGGGUAUCUGCAGUAUUCUGGAAUGUGCUCAAGGUUUUUCUUUGAAAUUUCUCUGUGAUCAUGGCUAUUGAUACCUUUUUUCCCUCCCUGAAAUGUUGCCAGGUAUGAGAAAUUUCAGACAGCAAUAAUCAAAUGCUUGUUAGAUCAGGACAACAAUUCAGACUGUGAAGUCUUGUACUGGUAUUUUAGUAGGUUAUUGCUGUUCCAUUUUUUUAAGAAUUUGGCCGAGAUCCUGUGUAUUUUCAGUUUACUCAUUGGUCAUUUAUGAAUGCAGAUGCCGAAGUGAUGUGCAUCUUUGUAUUGGGCGACU